UUUAAAAUUUCAGAUCUGAAUGCACACUCUUUAUUUGCUCCUCUUGGGGUCAUUUCAAAGGUCAGAGGCACAUUUCUUUGCAGUGGAUGCUGGUGUAAAUGGGCUGAUCCACUGAUCGCAGGUAUUGUGGCUGGAGGAGGGCCGCAGAGAGCAGAGAAGUUACCAACUGUCCGGGACUGUUUUGUUGAGUAAAACCUUUGUUUACUUACUGUGAUUUACUGCGAAUAUCAGUUGUGUCAACAUUGGUGGAAGUAUGUGCAUGGAGUGAACGCACUGCAGUUUUCUUUUCGUGAUUUCAUCCAUCAGCAGCAUCGUGCGCGUCGGUGCGCCUCACUGACCCACAGUCGUCUCAUCUCUGUCGGAUCAUGUGGAUUAUUCUGGCGUUUAUCCUGGCAGCGGCGGGUGCUGAUGGGAGAUUGGGAUGUCAGCUGCCCCGCGACUGGAGACCACAGACAGAAGCGUGCCGUGCCGAGUUGGCACAGAUCAUAGUCUUUGCCAAGGUAUUGGCACUGCACAGGGAGUUUUACAAUGUGUAUGAUAACUACCUACCGUCCGAGAAUGAGCAUCUUUUCUCCGCCGAGAUUGAGCUGCUGUGCGACCAGGCGUGGGGCAGCAUGCUGGAGGUCCCCGCUGGCUCCAGGUUCAAUGUCACUGGCCUGGGCUACUUCACCUGCUUCUCCUACAGUGUCACCAAAAACAACAACUACUACUUCUUUCUAAGGAUGGAUGAGAACUACAACAUUAUCCCUCAUGGAGUAAACUUCCAGGACCCCAUCUUCCCCGACACUGCCGAGAACCACCGCAUGUUUGCCAGCCUUUUCCAGUUUUCCAACUGCACGUCUGGUACUCUGGUCCACAGCUACACCCCAGAGUGGGAGGCUCAGGAGGACAGCCGGUUGUUGUGCUCCGCGGUGCAGAAGGCUCUGUUUGAGGAGGAGGAGAGGGCCUGGACUCUCUCCCAGAAGGUGCGCUCGUUGGAGAAAGCCAACGACCAUCUGAGGGAAAAGGUGAAGACCAUGAAACGUCUGCUACGCCAGGCCCAACGAGGAACAUCCAAGGGGCAGCAGACCCUCAGCCUCAAACAGCUCUACGAGUCAAAGACGCCCCAAGCUCACCCCGACCAGGACACUGCUCAGGACCAGAGGGACCAGCCACUAGAAAAGGUCCUCUCCACUAAAAAACUGUACAAUUGAGUACAAUUAACAGUGAUGAUCAAUCAAUUAAUUUUAUUACAUUAUCUAUGUCUUCAACCUAAAUAAUGUGUUUAUACCCAAAUUCAAGAAAGUUCACCUGAACAACCAAAUUAGGUUGGUCCCGUUUUAUUUCCUGGUAAAAUUGACCUGCACCAUUGAGUCACCUACAAAGAGAACAUUCAUGCCUAUUUAUCCGUUUACUUCAGUGUGUGUGUGUGUGUGUGUGUGUGUGUGUGUGUGUGUGUGUGUGUGUGUGUGUGUGUGUGUGUGUGUGAGAGACCUAUUUUAAGAUUAGGAUUUGAGAUUAAUUGCCUCUGAGAUAAAGGAUUUAAAUUGUUUCACCCCAUUAGUCCAAGAUGAUGGUUCUCUUUGAAUAACUGCAAGCCCCGCAACUUUUACCUUAUGUUUUUUGUUAGUAGUUCAAAACAUCGGACAGAGCUCUCAGCUGGCAGAUGCACUGUUGAACAAUACUGUAUGUGGACAAUCUUAAAGCAUUGAACAUUUAUUAACUUGUUUCUUUCUGUGCUGGACACAUUAUGCAUUGUAUAAAUAUUAGAAUGAAUCUCUUACUUUAGAAACACUAUCAUCUAAAUGCUCCAAAUCAACCUCUGUCCUUUGACUUGGACAAGGUGAUCUGAACAUGCUUCAUCGUUCUCAUAAUGCUCUGACUGUGUAUAUGAGUUACAGAGGAGCAGCUGUGCCAAAGUUUAAAAAUCUGCAAGACCUGACAUUGUGUGGCACCAAGAGUGCUUUCCCCCCAAGCUCUUCCUUUAUGCAAGUCUAUUCAUACACAUUGUACUGAUUUAGAGAGUAAUUUUUCUAUAUGAAAACAGGGUGCUGAGCACUCAUUAAGUCCAGCCAGUGAGCCUGGCAUGGUACAGGAUUGGCUUUUUCUGUGUCAGAAAUGAACGUUUUUGCAUUUAUUACACUUUCUGUAUUUGCUCUUAUUAUUAUUUUUGCUCAUCUUAACUACAACCAUAUGGUUUGCUUUGCUAAUAGCAUACUUGUGUUACAGUUAUUGUAGUUUUUUGUUUAAUUAAAUAAAUGAACUUUUACAAAG